AUGCAUUUUCUAAUAUUAAAAGUUGAAAAUUUGGUCUAAUUUUUAUUCAUUACAUCAAUAAUCAAUUUUACAUUCUCCUCCUACUUAUAGCAUUCAAUAAUUUUUGUCUAAAGGCAUAUCAAGAAGGAAAUUUAUCUAAAUUGCUUUACAUUGAUUUUUAAAUUGUAGCAUCCAUGGACACUCUAAUUAUUCAUUUUUCACACCAAUCUCAGUUAUUCUAUUACUCAUCUAUCUAAACCUUUCAUAAUAGGUAAAAGUCAAGCUUAGUUCCAAAUAUUUAUGACAUUGUUUUAUAAAUUCAACAGCCAAAUUUUAUGA